AUGUCGAACCAAGGCGGCAGAUUGUCGAAGCGCCAGCUACGGAAGGAGGAGAGACGACAUAACUACCAGCGCGGUCGGGUGGAGAAGAAGUCUGCACAGGACAGCAUAAGGGACAGUCUGCCUCUUGACCUCCCCAACCAACGUCGGGUUCACUUGCUGAAGUCCAAGUACGGGCCUAAUCCGAGAAAGCCGGCGCUUGACGAUGCCAUCCAAAGCAUGAUGCGCAACCUUGACGCCGCAUUUGCUACCAUCUCGGGGCACAUUCGCGCAUUAGACCCGGAUGCCUACGCGAGGAUGCGCUUCAGCCACCGGCCGAUUGUAAAGCCGGCGCUGAAUGAGUGA